ACGCGUUCUGCCUUUAGUCUGAGUUGUUGGUUAUUAUUGUUUGAAAGCAAUUGCAGAAAAAAAUAAUGAAUUCGUUUGGUAAAUAUCUGUUACAAAAAUAAUCAAAGGCGGAUCUUUAUAUAUAUGUGGGCGUACUAAAGUGUAAUUUCGUAGAGUAAAAGUCAUUUCUAAGCGAACGGAUGCCUUCGUAACAAAAUAAUCAAAGGCUGACUGGGUGAGAAUAUAUUCAGAAAAUAUUCAGCGAUGUUUCCCCGGUAUGUCAAGCUAUUUGUGAAACUUAUUUGCGUCACAGUGAUCAUGUUAGCUUAUAAGGCUUCGUUUGACACGAAUCUAUCUCCCUCAUACCGACGAGGAUUUAACAGAAUCGGAAAUGUGGAGAAAGUUGAGAAGAAACACAGGGAAAUCGGCAAAGAAAUCUGCUACGUGGGUUGGUCAUCUGUGCCCAAAGUACGACCAUUAUAAAGAUUUGAAAUAUUUAGAUCUCUUUUGGGAAGAACCGACUGAAAAGGAUAUUUUCUUUACCCAGACUUCCUGUUCUGUUGUCUUAAGUCCUAGAGAGGCGUGUGCGGUGGAAAGCGCUGCCCAUCACCACCCACGCCGACCCAUCGCGGUGCUCAUGACCGCCCCCGCCCUCGACGCCGCCCACCCGCUCCUCCGGCUGGUCCACGGGCUCGAGAAUGUGAGCUUCAGGUGGUUGGAUCUUGACCGCCUGUUUGGUCAUGGACCGCUGGAGGCCUGGCAUCGAGACCGGAUGUGGAUGCUUAGUAAAGAUCGAGCCUCGGCCACAGUGAGCGACGCCGUUCGAGCAGAAAUAUUGCGUCGAUUUGGGGGAACGUACGUGGACUUAGACGCCAUAACUCUCCGUCCGUUCCCCGAUUCCACGAACUGGCUGACGAGGGUCGACCACCGCCUCGUCACGGCCGCUGUUUCGUCCUUCCAGAGGCUGCAUCCUCUCCUUCAGGCCGCCGCGUCCGCCAUACCGACUUCCUACAACCCCUCGACGUGUUGUAGCGUCGGCCCCGACCUUUUCACCGACCUCCUGCACCGACAAUGCCCCGACAACGUCACCAUCCCGACCUCAGUCCCUUCCGACGCGACGGAGUACUGCGGGGACGUCACGGUCCAGCCGAGGAACCUCUUCUACCCCAUCCACUAUGGCUACGAGAGGGACGAACUCGAGAGCGUCUUCCGAGAGGGCGAAGGUCUGGGUGCCGCCUUCUUCUCGAGGGAGGAGACGAGGGGCGCCUUCUCCCUCCACCUCUACAACUCCUUGUCGCGCAAGAGGCUCGUGUCCCUCCGCGGUGAUUCGGUUCUGAAGGAGGCGGCGAGGAGGAACUGUCCUAGGGUCUAUCAGUAUUUGUUGAGUCAGGAUGGGUGGAUGUAGUUGUGCGAGUGAG